UUUUUAUUUCCAGUGAUUGUUCCAGUGAGGAACUAUAUAAAUAUGACGUGCAAAUACCUUCGAUUAAUAAAAAUUGUACAGGUUUACUGUCAACAGGUUCUAUCAGUGCAUAUGAUAAGGAUAUAAUUGUAAGAUUUACUUUGUGCCAAUUUUGUUAUAUUUUUUUUCUAAAAGAACUUUUUAAUAAUAUUCAAAAUGAUCUGCGCCCGUGCAUUGCAUUUUGUAUUUAAAAUAGCUGAACGCAAAGAGACAAUGAAAUUUUAUCGAGAAAUUCUUGGAAUGAAAGUAUUGAGACAUGAAGAAUUCGCCGAUGGAUGUGAGGCUGCUUGUAAUGGUCCUUACGCAAAUCGAUGGAGUAAAACGAUGAUAGGAUAUGGACCGGAAGAUAAUCAUUUUGUAGUUGAAUUAACUUACAACUAUGGAAUUUCUCAUUAUGAAAGUGGAAAUGAUUUUCGUGGAAUAACAAUUCGUUCUAAAGAAGCAAUCGAUAGAGCAAAAAGCAGUGGAUGGCCUGUUGUUGAAGAAGAAAAUGGAAAAUUUGUAUUACAAGCACCAGGUGGUUACAAGUAUUAUAUUAUUAAUGAACCACAACCUAAAGAUAAAGAUCCCGUACAGAAGGUAACAUUAUCCAGUUCGAAUCUUAAAAGUACUAUAGCUUAUUGGAAAGAUAUUUUAGAUAUGAAGGUAAUCGAACAGGAGGAUAAUAGAGUUUUGAUGUGUUAUGACAAAGAUCAAGCUAAACUUGAAUUUGUAGAUAUAGGUACUAAGGUGGAUCAUGCAAAAGCAUAUGGUCGUAUAGCAUUUUCUGUACCGUUGGCUGAACAGCCAAUAAUACAGAAAAAGAUAAAGGAAAGUGGAAACAAAAUAUUGACAGAUUUGAUAACUUUAGACACGCCAGGAAAAGUUUCAGUAAGAGUUAUCAUUCUUGCUGACCCAGAUGAUCACGAAAUAUGUUUCGUUGAUGACGAAGGAUUUCGUAAAUUAUCCGUUCCAGAUUAUCCAAGUGAAAAAAUUCUGGAUAAAUACAUUGCAAAAUCGUCUGUUGGGAACGUUUUAAAAAUAUAAAAAAUUAAGCAACAACUAUUUUUAUGUUGAACUAUAAUAAUAAUAAUAUAUUAUAUAUUAUAUAUUAUAUAUAUAUAUAUAUAUAUAUAUAUAUAUAUAUAUAUAUAUAUAUAUAUAUAUAUAUAGGGUAGAUACUUCUGGGUUAUUACUUUGUAAAUAUUAAUGAUUGUCUAAUUUGGUAAUGAAUUAUCAGUGCUUUCUAUUAAUAUAAAUUUUGUAAUUUAGAAAAAUAAUAUAUUGAUUUUUAAUAUUACUGAUCAUGUUAUCAAAAA